AUGGCUACAAAAGUGAAAAUGUUGCCAGAUGAUCGUAGGGUACCCAUGUGCAUUGGAGAACCAUUGGAUUCACAUACUAAACGUGAAAAUGAAUAUGGUACUUUAACUGACCCAAAAUACUUAUAUCAAGUUAAAACAAUGGAUGCAGAAAAAGCAAAUAAGAAACCAAUUAUGGAUACACCACCUUAUUAUAUUACAUUAAUGACAUAUUUAAAUUAUUUAAUUUUGAUUAUUUUAGGUCAUAUUCGUGAUUUUUUUGGUAUUAGAUUUCAAAAAAAUUCACAUAGAGACAUAAUGGAACAUGAUGGUUAUGCUCCUUGGUAUUCAAAAUUUGAAAGUUUUUACGUUAGAAGAUUAAAAAUGAGAAUUGAUGAUUGUUUUUCAAGACCAACAACUGGUGUUCCAGGUAGAUUUAUUACUUGUGUUGAAAGAGUAUCUCAUGAUCAUAAUGAUUAUUACACUUUCCCAGGUAAUACACAAACUUGUUUGAAUUUAUCAUCUUAUAAUUAUUUAGGUUUUGCUGAAAGUGAAGGUGAAUGUACUAAUGCAGCUUUAAAAAUUGUUGAUAAAUAUGGUGUACAAUCUGGUGGUUCAAGAUCUCAAAUUGGUACUUCAGAUUUACAAGUAAUGACAGAACGUAUGAUUGCAGAUUUUGUUGGUAAAGAAGAUGCGAUGAUUUUUUCAAUGGGUUACUCAACCAAUGCAAAUUUCUUUAAUGCAUUCUUAGAUUCAAAAUGUCUUGUAAUAUCUGAUGAAUUAAACCACACUUCAAUUAGAACAGGUGUUAGACUUUCUGGUGCUGCCGUUAGAACUUUUAAACAUGGUGAAAUGGAUUUAUUAGAAAAAUUAAUUAGAGAUCAAAUUGUUUUAGGUCAACCAAAGACAAAUCGUCCAUGGAAGAAAAUUUUAAUUUGUGUCGAAGGUUUAUAUUCAAUGGAAGGUACUCUUUGUAACUUACCAAAAUUAAUUGAAUUAAAGAAAAAAUAUAAAUGUUAUUUGUUUGUUGAUGAAGCUCAUUCUAUCGGUGCAAUGGGUCCAACUGGUCGUGGUGUUUCUGAAAUCUUUGGUGUUAACCCUAAGGAUAUUGAUAUCCUAAUGGGUACUUUCACUAAAUCAUUUGGUGCUGCAGGUGGUUAUAUUGCAUGUGAUAAAUGGAUUAUUGAUAGAUUAAGAUUAGAUAUGACUACACCAAAUUAUUCAGAACCAACUCCACCACCUGUCUUAGCUCAAAUUAUUGCAUCUUUAGAGACUAUUAUUGGUAAGAUCAAUCCAGGUGAAGGUACAGAAAGAUUACAACGUAUUGCCUUCAAUUCUCGUUAUUUACGUUUAGGACUACAAAGAUUAGGUUUUAUUGUCUACGGUAAUGCCGAUUCUCCAGUUAUUCCAAUGCUAUUAUAUUGCCCUUCAAAGAUGCCUGCAUUCUCAAGAAUGAUGUUACAAAGAAAAAUUGCUGUAGUGGUGGUUGCUUAUCCAGCUACUCCACUAAUUGAAUCAAGAGUUCGUUUUUGUAUGUCUUCAAGUUUAACAAAGGAUGAUCUUGAUUAUUUAUUACGUCAUGUUAGUGAAGUUGGUGAUAAAUUAUUUUUGAAAUUAAAUUCAGGUAAAUCAAGUAUAGACAAUAAAGUACAAAGAUGGGAUAUCGAAGAAGUUAUUAGAAGGACCCCUGAAGAUUGUAAAGAUAAUAAAUAUUUCGUCAAUUAA